GCCAGAGCGCGUCAAACAGUUUUGUUGGUCAAGGUCGUACUGGGGCUUUUGCAUGGAUACUGAGGCAUAAGUUAGCUUAUGCAGUUAUCGUGUUGUGCAUCUAAAUCUUCCAAAUGUGAAAUAUUUCAAAUCUUUCAUUUAUUGCAAUGGAAAACAAUUUAACUCAGCGCAUCAAUUCCUCAGAUGACGUUUGGCAGCCACGUUGUAAAUACCCAGUUACUUCAUCUAGUACAGCAGUUGUGAAUCAUGAUACAAACCUACAAAACGCUUCGAAUGGUUCAUUACUCCGCGGAAUAUCUUUGGAAACAGUGGGCGAGACAAAUGUAUUGACAAAUCAUGAGGAAGCUGCUGAAAAUUUGGAGAAGACGAAAACUAUGCGAAUAGGUCUACGAUCAUUUUUGCGUAAAGCUGCCAGUUUGAAGGAUUCGUGUUCUAGUCCAACUGUCGAAUGCUCUGUAGUUUGCCUCGAUGGGAAAUGUUUUAGAUUUAAUGUACAUAAGGUUGCUUAUGGGCGUGAACUUUGGGAAUUAGUUUGUCAAUGCUUGGACAUCGAAGAUUCGCAGUAUUUUGGUCUAGUUUACUAUUUGAAUCCUACUGCUAACAGAAACUCUGUUGUGGGAACAUAUCGAGCUGAUGAAUUUUCUAGUAACAUUCAUCAAGAUGGUUCCGACAAGUUAUUUCACCUGUCGUCGUCUUCAAUUGAUGAGCCUUAUCCAGUUAGAUUUUGUGGAUGUUCUACGACAAACUCGUUUAAUCCGUGCAAAGUUUACUCUUAUGAUACUACCUAUCGUGGUUUUAAUCCUUUUUUUAUCGAUGUUCCUUUCUGGCUAGACGUAGAAAAACGAAUAACAGACCAAUGUCAUGGUUCGAAAUUAACAUUUUACUUUCAAGUGAAGUUUUAUCCACAACAUCCGGAUCUUAUACUUGAAUGUCCUAAGUCUAGACGUCAGUUCUGUCUUCAGUUGAGACAACAUUUAUGCAUAGGACGACUUUUAUGCUCCUUUGAAACUCAUGUAAUAUUGGGAGCAUUAAUAGCUCAAAUGGAUUUGGGCGAUGCCGCAAAGUAUCGACGUCCUCGUAGCAGUCAUUUGAGUUAUCGUUCAACAGAGUGUGCUGAAUCAACAUCUCAUAGUUUUUCACAACAACGAUCAGUUUCACUAACUCAUAGUUUUUCAUCCGAACGUAGGUGUAGUUUAGCCGAACCUGAGCAUAGUGAUGACAGUAUUAUAUGGGAUACACGCACAGGUGAUAAAAAGAAUGAAGGUAAAAACUAUCCAUCUCCUGAUGUGAACAAAAGAUAUAUACUAGGCCACAUUGGUUGUAACUGUUCAACUUCGCAGACCGACAGUAUUAGUAUGAUUUACCUACAGUGUUUACCGCAUUUAGCUCGUGGGUCUGUUGCCUCAUCAUCUAUGCGACGUAGUUCAAACAAUAUUAUGGAUGGCAGUAGACCAAGUCUUUCUUCUUCUACAAUGAACAAUGAUAUUGAUGAUACACUAUUAUCUCCGUUGAAACAUAAUCUUAGUCCUGGGUGGCCUUAUCCAAAGUCGGAUUGUCGUUAUUGUCCUGUGUUGCUUUCACGUAUUACUCGAUUGCAUCGAAAUUUUAGAGGUAUGCUGCAAGAGGAUGCUGAAAAGUUGUUUUUAAAAAAUGUGAAAAAGUUGGCGUUUUAUGGCGUUGAAUUACAUCCUAUCAAGAAAUUUCACGCUAGCUACAUUUCAUCUAGCUACUUCAAGAGUAUGACUAAAAAAUUGGUUCGCUCAUUCUCUGAUCGUUCUGGAACUACUCGUACUGAAUCUUAUCAUAACUUUACGGAUGAUUAUUCAAUGAAUGGUUCCAUUCAAACACUGAACUCCAGCAGAUUACGUAAAUCACUAUUGAGAUCCAGUUUAAAAUCAUCUAUACGGCGAAUUUUCACUAUUCAACCUGAAGGUCCGGCUCUUUUUCCGUUUGCAUUUACUGAUUUUCCAAAUUUUGAUUUCUCUUUGGGAGUAUAUUAUGCGGGUUUGUUCCUUCAGUGGGGUCAUUUACGUUUAUCACAUUAUGCAUGGUCUCAAAUCAUGAAAAUAUGCUUUCAUUUAGAUGAGUUUUGUGCUGUUGUAAAGGAUGACAAAGUUAAAUCAUCCUCCUGCCCUCAGAUUAUGCUUAAGUUUAAGUUUGCUUGCCGAAAACUGGCCAAACGUUUCUAUAGAACAUGUGUUGAACACCAUAUAUUUUUUAAGCUGCAUCAAAGACACUUCCUAAAUUCAAAUGCUAAUAGGCUAAGACCUUGUAAACCUCAGACUCUUAUUCUUCAUUUACGCCAGAAACUUCAAAUAAAUGAUGAAAUAAAUCCCUCAGUGUCUAUAAAUGGUCCUUGUAGUAUCGAACAGUUAUCUGUAUGCAAUUUGCAAUCGCCGAGGUUACCAGCCACUCCUACACGAUCGGAAUCUGAGAUAGGUGAUCCUUUGCCUUCAUCAAAUAAGGAAACAAAUCAUGAAUUUCCAGAAUUUUCCACACAAUCCGUGUAUCUUUCACUAGUGGAUUCAAAGUGUCAAACAAGCCUAUAUCCUCUUAAAAAGAUAUACUCAAAUGCUCAUCUGGUACCAUCUACUUCCAGUACAUCAACAACAAGAAAUGCUUCAUGUUUACAUCUGGACACUCAUUCAGUUGUUCAUGUCGCCAGCCCAGUUGAAUGUUCCAGCCGCUUAAAUAUUUUAAAUGCCACUGAUAAAAAUGAUGACUGCAAAUAUGCAACAGUUCAACUAUGUGACGUUGUACAGAUUCCAGAUGAUUCAACUUCAGAUCCAGUUUGUUGCGUACAUCAAGCUACUUCGAAUUCAGCUGACGUACACUUUUCAUUCAAUUCAGAUGAUGAUGUUGUUACUGAUACACUAAGCAUGUCACCGGAAAAUCCUGGAUGCGAACGGUCUUCUGAUAGAGUCGAUCAAAGUAUAUUGGAUUGCAGAAAUCAUGUGUCAUCAGAUUCAGUUUCUAUAAAUUGUGCCUUAACAAAUAUACCUGAAGUAUGUCUGUUUAAUGAUUUAGUUUCGUGUUCAUCCACUUCACAAAAUGUUUUAACUGUUUUUCCACAGGUUAAACCAGUUAAACCUACGGGUGCACCAUGGUGUAAUGUCUUCUCAUUUAUUGAUAUCAGUUCGCUAGAUAAAAUAAUUGCACCAUCAUAUUCAUCACUUAUUUCUUCGGAUGGGCAAAUUAUUCGUUUAACACCAGCAUCAAAUGAUACCGUUUGUGUAAACUCUUCAAUAUCCUCUCAACUUCCAUGUGAUUUUGUCCAGUUAAAUUCAAAUGAAAAACAGAUACAAUAUCUCCCUAUACCAAUAGUUCGAACACGUGCUGUUCGUUUCAUUUAUGAUGCAUCACUUCAAAUCAAUGAAUAUAAGACAUUUAGUAAUCACUCACAAAUCCAUCUGGUAUGCGGUGUUAAUAUCCCAUUAGUUCCAACUAAGUCUUUUUAUCAUUAUUAAUUAAUUAUUUGAUGGAUAAUACGAUAAUCUUUUCUGAUGCUUUCAAUGCAUACUCAUGUUGAUGUUGUUUUACUGUUUGCUUCUUUUAAUGUAUUUGUAUAUUCACUAUUAUUAAUAUUAUUUUUAUCAGUGUUAUGAAGCGUUUCUGUCAUUUGUGAAGCGUAUUUCUAUUUCAUUCACUACCUUUUCAUGGCUCAAGAUUAAUUUUGUAUGAGGUAUAUGAUAAUAAGGAAAAUACGAAAGAAAAUCUGUAAAGUGAAGUAUUUUUUUUUGUUUUUCCUACUAGUUUUCUUUUCGAUUUCAUGAUUUUGUUUUAAUUUUCAUUUACAGUACAGGGAUGUUUGUGUGACAAUGUUCUUCAAUCUGUUUUAAUUUUGCUGUUCUAACUUAUUAUUAGUGCAGUAUUAUUCGAAUGUCUUUCGUGAUAUCUACCAUAUUAGAAUAGAUGAGAGAAAUGUUUGGGAUGUUCUCAAUGAAUGUCUGAUUUUCGUAUACUUUUGACACUAAAAUCUAACAACGUCGACAAGUUGUAAAUAGAAAACGUGAUUGUUUGGCUUCUGUUUUACGUGGCUCAUGAGUCAGUUUUAAGUUUGACAUUGUGAAUCGCACCUGUUAUAUGACUACGAGCUGUACGGAGAUGACCAGAGAAGGAAUCUCACUUAAUGCAUUCCAGAAAGCGAUCAGUUAGGGAAGUCAGUAUCAACAUGUUGCCGGGAGAUACUUCAAAAUGGUCUAAGGUGCUACUGCUUACGUCAGCUGGUCAAGCCAGAAGAUAACAAAAAAGAUAGAGAAACAGGACAAAAUAUUACUGAAAGUCGUAGAAAGUCAUCUGUAGGAAGGAAG